CGCAACCGCACCCGCGAGCGAGCAGUCCGAUUACCCGGCGCGUCACCACCAACAGCUUUCGAUCCACGGAACGGUAGCUAAAAUCUCGGUGGCAGAUUUAUCGCGGCGGCGAACGACGGGAUCGACAACUCGCCGGGUCCUGACGUCGCGCGGCGUGUGUUCCAUCGGGAAAACUUGAGGGAAUCUAUUUUCGCCGUUGAAAGGCGCGCGGGAACACGUUCGCGGUGGGUUUCUCGAACCGCGGUGCUUUAGUACGGCCAGCCUCUCCGCUUCGUGCAGAACUUCGUCAAUCCCGGAAUAGUUUCGGCGGUCGCUCGUUCGAAGUUUUUCCGCGCGACCAACUCGCGACCGUUCGCUACUCCGGCGAGGAUCCGCUUGGUGCAAAAGAACGCGAGGAUUCGCGUGCGUAGACCCGCUGCGGUACCCACACGACCCGUUCUAACGUCCCCUAGGCUUGUCUCGUGGUUACCUAUUACCUCGGACGGUUACGUACCCGGUGCUCGAUCGUUCACCCUGGAAACUGACACGGAGAACGCGAGGAUGGACGCGACAAACGUCCUCGACAGCGACGCGAUGGGCGACGAGGACCUCGUGCACAGCAACAACAACAAGAACACCGGCGACAACAACGAGGAUGACGAGGCGCCCACCGUCGAGGAAACUUACGAGGUCACCACCACGAAACGCAAGACCGUGCGGACCAGCUAUAAGAUCCAAGAAACGUCCGCAUCAACCAAAACUACCACCAUGACAACCGCAGCGAAAUUAUACGGCAAAGAUUUGAGUGAAUACGAUGAUGUGGAUGUGGAUGACUUAUUGGCACAGCUUACUCCAGAAGAAAUUAAUAUAUUGGCUAAGGAGGUGGAUCCUGAUGACAGUUUUAUGCCACCUUCUCAACGUUGUAGUUACGAAUGUGAUAAGAGUCCAACAGGUCCUCUCAAUCGAAAGAAACUUAUUGAACACAUUAAUAAGCAAGCUCUGGAGACACCAGAUAUACCAGAAUUAAAGCCUUAUGUACCUGGUGUAAUAAGAGGCAAAAAGUGGAUCCCACCUCCUCAAGAGACUAUAAAAGAAAAAGAAGCAGACGAACAAAUUGCUAUUGAUCUUGGAGAAGAAUAUGAGCAAGCAUUAUCUAAUGCUACUCAAGAAGAAAUUAUUGAUCUUGCUGCUAUCCUCGGAUUCCAUUCCAUGAUGAAUCAAGACCAGUAUCAUGCCUCCUUAUUAAAUUCUGGUCAGCCUGUUGGUUUAGGUUGGGAUGGAGUUACAAAAGCUAGUCAACCAAAACCUUACCCAAUGGAACCACCUAACGAUACAGACGUUGAUGCUACAAUCAAACAAGUUCGAGAAGAUGAUGCAUCAUUGAUUGAUUUAAAUUGGAAUAAUAUUAAAAAUAUAUCCGACGAAAAGUUUAUUCAACUGUUUGAAGGAUUGGAGAUGAAUACACAUCUCGAAUCUUUAAGUUUAACAAACGUGGGAGUCACUGAUAAGACUGCACAAAGGUUGGCAGAAGCCUUAGAGAAAAAUUCUACACUCAGAGUACUCAACGUGGAAACAAACUUUAUAAGCCCGUCUGUGAUAGUGAGGCUCAUUAAGGGACUCCUUAAAACAAAAUCAAUAGAAGAAUUUCGAUGUUCCAAUCAGAGGUCACAAGUGUUGGGAAAUAAAAUUGAAAUGGAAAUUACACAGUUGGUAGAACAGAAUCCAACAUUGCUUCGACUUGGUCUUCAUUUGGAAUUCAAUGAUGCUAGACAUCGUGUGGCUGCUCACCUGCAACGCAACAUUGAUAGGAGUCGCCUAAAACGCACGGGGCGUGCCGCCCGCAACCUGACCAUCGGCUGGGGCCUGCAUCGAUGAUCACCAUCAACGGCAUCGAUUACCACGACCCACGACCACGACUGCGACUACGACGAUCCGGUUGAAUCUUCUCGCUGCAGAUGUUUCGCUUGAACGGUACACGGUAAAGCCUGCCCGCUCGCCGUCAGGAAGUAAAAAAUGUCCAAGAAAGAAAUCGUCGGGAACGGACGAGCAUAAACACCGACGGAAAGUUCGCGACGGAGGGGCGCGAUUCUCGGGAAAAUAAAAAGGAAACGAGGACACUUCGAACCAGUUCGAAUGUAUCACUGAAUAUUGGAUCGUGUUAAAAUUCAAACGAAACGGAAGAUUCAUGUAAAUUGAAACUUUGGAAAUUCUUCGAGGUCUUCGAAUACUUCACACUUUCGUAGUAUUAUCUCGUUCGUAGUAAUCCCAAGAACGAGAACCGAUCGCGUGGUAUCCCUGUUCUUGCGCCGGAGGUGAAAUCAGUAGUCGUCGCGACAGCGCUGCAUUCUUGUUGAUCCAGCGAUGUAACGAUUAACAAUCGCUGAUAAACAGGAACGAAACGAGCAACGGUUACUGAAAGCGAUUCGUCGCGGAAUAAUGCACGUGCGCGCGAUUGAAAUUGUAUUGCCAGGCCGGAACGGGAAACAUUUGCCGCGCCGGUGCGCUAGAAAGUCUGAAAUAUUCAACGAAGAAAAGUGUCUAAUAUUCUGAAAGCUUGAAGCGCGCAGAGAACCUCCGGGGACUUUCGAAAGUUUGCAACCCCGUAAUAUUCAAAUAUUGCGAGACGGAUAACUUUCCUGUGUUUUGUCGCUAAACUGCGGAUAUACCACGUUCACGGUGUACUUCUAUGUCGAAAAAUAAAAUUACUUCAAUCCCAGUGAUACUCGAUGUUAGCACGUUGCAUACUGGUAACGAGAAAUCUCGUUUUAUAUAAAAACACUUAGCUAUAUAACUUUACUAAUUGCCACAGCAAGAAAUAUUAAAUUUGAUUAGAACCAAUUCUCCAUUUAAACUGUAUUACAUAACAAUAUGAUAUUCGAGUCUUUUUAUAGAUAGUGAUAUAAGUUGAUCCACUGAAAAUCACUAUUUUCACUAUUCAAUUUCCUAAUUAGCCGGUACGCAAUGCGUUAAUAUUAAUUGACUUUCAAUCCGACAAACCGACAAAGAAAUUCGACGGUUCCAUCUCUGAUUCGCAGAUUUUAGUCCACAAAGUCUUCGAAUUGCGCCGAUAUCCGCAGUUUAAUCGUCUCACGGAUCAACGGAUCCCAUUCGAAUGAAAUUGCCGCCCUUUCUGAAUCGAUGAAUCAUAUGUUCGUUAAAUAAUCCUGAAUCUCGCGUCGGGGAUAAUCGAAAAUUACCUUCCCACCGGGAAUCGAUCGCCGUCGAUUAUUUUUCACCGUGUUCCCUCGGUUCCGCGGUUUCGGUUUCGAAAACAGCCUAGCCGUUCCGCCGUCGCUUCCGGUCUCCCUUCCCAGGGCAUUCAUACCGGCCGGAAGUAUCUCGUUUUCCCAACCGGAUGCCGCGGAACCCGCUGAAUCGCACCUGACCACUUCCUGGCUGCGCGACCAGUGGCCUCGCGUCCUGCAGGUCAGCGAGCUCAACCCUUAACCUCUUGCGCUGCAAAGGAAUUCAGAGAUUCGCUGAAGUCUUGCGAGAAGAAUUUUGUUCUUAUCUAUUCUACGCUGAUAUGUACACUAAUCUCGUCUGUUACCUUAAAAUCGUCUAUUAACAUUGAACGAGUCAAUUUGAUUCAUAUUGAAUUUUAUAAACAUUAUUUGGUAAAUGUUUGGGUGGAUCUCGAUUGAUGCAGUUGUAUAAUUAUGUGCCCUAAUUAUCUACAUUAAAAUCUCUAAUUUCCAAGAUCUAAAUGAACGAGUAUCUUUCUGAAAAUGAUAGAGCAAACUGUAUAGUAAAUUUCCGUAAAUCUAGUGUUCACAGUUUUCUAUAGAAUGAUACAUUUGAACUCUUUGUACUCGGACGUCUUUCGCUAGAAAUAUUCAAUAGAUUCAAAUGAAUUAUAGACAACGUCCUUCGAAACGAAAUGAAUGAGGGAAUAUACGUAGGUUAACACAUUGUACGCCGGCUAAAUUUCAGCUACUGGAAACGCGAACGUCGGUGAUUAUAUUAAUAUAUUUUGAAACAUCAAUCAAACCGAAACUUCUAGCUUACGAAGAAGAAUAAGGAAUUCGAUCUUGUAAUUUUACUUUGGAUUUAUGGUAUACAUAUCUAAAAUGUUACAUUGAUGUGGGACUACCAAUUAAACGAAUAAAAACUCGCAUUAUCACGGAGCCGGCGCGCAAUGUGUUAAGAAAUAAAGUUAUUAUCUCAAUAUUUCGCAUAUUUAGGGAUUACAAGGAGCUUAAUAUUAUUUGUAAGAUUUUAUGAUUUUGGUAUAUCGAAUCGAGUGCAAAGAGUAAAAACAAUCUAGUAUGUUUAACGCAACAAGACUAUCGAUGUCUAGAAAACAUCGUUGACAACGUUGGAGCAAAAACAUCCCGGCAUACGUGGCACGUCUUUCCAGCGCAAAAGGUUAAAGGACCACAAAGAAAACUGACGUGAAAGACUGAUAGUGUCUAACGGACUCCUUAAAUAAAAAAUGCUUAAGAACAAAGUGUUUAUAUAAUUUAUUAUUUUCUCUUGGUUACACUCAUUAGUUUAGUCUACACAUUAAAGUCUGUUCGAUCUUUCAUUCGUUCUAACUAUUUGAAUUUCAAUGAUAAUUUGAAUUUAAGAAUAUUAUAGAAAACUUGUUAUCAGUCUACGUGUUCAUAUGUUUUUUAACAACGUUUUAAAUAUAUAGAUAAGUUGAGGAAUAAAGUGGGGUGAUUAUAUAGUAGGUCUUUUAAAGCACCAUGCAUUAAACAACAGUUUUAAUGACCGGUAAAAAAUUUUUGACAGACGUAAAUGUGAAAACGAGUCCAUUAGACUUUGUGGUCUUUUUAAAGGGUUAAACGCCGCCCUAAGAUUCCUCAUCUUUUAUUUUCUUUCCUAUUCUCACUUGUCUCGCCCCGAAUUUCGUUCGACCUAGAUCCACCGGCAAAUCGCGUGCCACUUUUUAUUCCAGCUGGAAAAGAUUCGGUGGGUAAGAUUGACCUCGUUUACCUCGCACUGGUUUUCAAUCAUUUUGUUCCACUUUAGAAAUUAGUUGCCUUUGGACUGAGAGCAACUGUAAGUUUCACAGUUAUACGAUGAUUAUUCAGUAAUUUUUUAAUGGUAUGAAGAUGAUCUUUUCGUCAUUCUACUUGAUGGAAACGGUGGGGCGUACUUUUGAAUGCUUUAAUUAUCAUUUUGUAAGUAUUUAUACAGAGCAUAUGACGUUGAAUUCGCAUAUAUUUUUUAAAUGUUUUAAUGACACGGUAAACGGGAUUCUUUCAGCUUUAGUUUACGAAUGUAGGUUCUUAGAAGGCAAACAUCAAGUUCCGUUAAUUAUUAGAAAUAUUCAAAGUAUUUCACUUUUAAUAUCGAAACGUGUACAAUUAAUGUAUCGAUGUAUAUCGUGAAUUUUCAUCCGAUUUUAUAUUGCGGUAGUCGACGAAGCUUUCCUUCAGUUCAUUUCUUUCAUCAAGUUUCUUGAGUAUUCCAAAUAUUUCACUUUUAAUAUUGAAACGUGUACAAUUAAUGUUUCCAUGUAUAUCGUGAAUUUUCAUUUGAUUAUAUUUUUGCAGUAGUCGUCGAUGAAAAUUUCCCAGUCGAGAAUCGAAAAUUUUCAGCGGGCGUCAUUACGGGUACCGAGUAAAGCGCUCUCUCUAAUUUCUCAACACUUGUUUUAUGCAAAACGAAGGGGAGGGGGGAUCGAUACGUUCACCGUAAAAUCAGUUUCCGAGAUAGUUUCCUCCGCACGAGGGGACGUCGACGUUCACGAUUGAUUUACGUCAUUCAAGCGCAAACGAAUCGCUCUCGUUCGCUGGAUGCGAUUAUUUUCCUCGUUAAUCGCGUUUCUAUCGCUUCGGCUCGACGUUAAAAAAUGCUUGUCUCUUGGAAACGGGGGAAGAUUUAAGGGACUUUCGGUCUUGAAUCACGUCUUCAUCUGAAAUCAAUGUAUUUCGGUCGUAACGCGCAUCGCUGCAAAACUACGUCGAUCGCGAACGGAUUUCAAAUAUCUAUUCACAUUCAACAUUUAAAAAAGGAUACACUGAAAAUCUGAAAAAAAGAAUUCUCGUAUAAAACAUUCAUCUUCACAAUAAAUUCGCAAUCUACAUUUCAUACUACAACUAAAAACAUCAAAUUUCAAAUCGCUGUUCACGCUCAACAGCAAAAGAAGAAUAUUAAAAACCUGAAACAAAGGAAUUCUCACAUGAAACAUCUAUUUCCACUUCGUUUUAAUUAAUUUCUAUAUAGUAUGUUAACUCUUUGCGGAACUUUGCGAACAGCAAGAGACUAGCACGUAGUUUCUUCCUUUCUAUUAUUUAACACUAAAACUACCGAGCAAUUAAAUUGACUUCUCGAAAUUCCUCUAUAGAAACUUCAAAAGUACAUCUAUUGAAACUUUAAUUAACUCAUCAUUCAGUUUGCGUAUUGCUACGUCAUUCUUCAAUAGUUCCUCAGAGAAACAUCUGACAAUUACCUUAAUACUUCCAAAGAAAAGAAAUCAAGAAUAGAUCAUUUACUCGUUCGGUAGUUUUACUAUCAAACAACUGACAUACACAAUUCAGCCUCAUCCAAUGAAAAUUUUACAAAAUCCCAAAGAAUUUUCGUCCGCAAAGUGUUGAUAAUCAAUGUCACAAAUCGUCAUUUCAUGUCACUUGUCACCGUGCAAGCUAACCAAUGCAUACACAAGGCAACGCUUUAUUUCCUUGACAAGUUCCACGGAACCAGUAGGAACAUAUCGUUCCAAGCGUCGAACAGUUCGAGGGCAGGAAGAAUGUCUUUCUCGAUGAACUUCUAUGUCUGCCCCGCCCACUGUCAUCGAACCACGUGACACGGGUAUUACGGUGUCACGGGUGGGACUGGUUUAAACGAAUCUUUCGGCGACAAUAACCGCUCUGAGCCUCGUUCAGAUACCCCCUGAAAUAUUAUUUUUACCCGGCGUCGCCGUGGGCGGCCAUUCAAGGAACGGCUGACCAGGAGUCUUUCGCGCGGUCGCAAGUCGCAUAUUGUCUGUAACCAAGGGAGUGUGUUGUUAGCGGAUGGGGCCGGGCGAACGGGGUACGGGGGAGGACGGGGAAAGAAUGUGGGUGAUAUAGACCGAAUCGUUUCUGUCGCCUUUGUCGCUCGGUGGCGAUCAUCUCCGCACUAAAGACACUGUGAUAGCUAGUGAUGGCGGCGAACAGCGUAUUGAAACCCGAUGGCACAAGGUUUCCACAUUUUUACUGGGAAAGCAUCAAAGAACUUGAAAUCGGGCCAGUAAUUUAUGUUGUAAGAUAUAUUACAUUUCACUGUGGAUUCCUUCAUAUUUUUACUCGUUUCGAGUUCGUUUCGUCUGAGAAUAUCCUUGGUUUUAUUGUACUGGCAUCGACGAGCUUGAAAUUGGGGUAGUAAUUUGUAGAAUAAGACAUGUUGUGUUUCACUGUGAAUUUUUUGAUGUUUUGACUCGUUUUGAGAUAACUUCCUCCGAGUAUCUUUGGUUUUACUGCAUCGACGAGCUCGAAAUUGGGGUAUUAAUUUAUAAAAUAAGACAUAUUAUGUGUCACUGUGGAAUCUCCGAAGUUUUUACACGUUCUAAGUGAAUUUCAUCUAAAAGUAAGUCCUUAUUUUUAAUUGUACAUUAUAUUAGUGAGAUUUGCUGAAUUUUUGUAUUUUUUAUUCGUAACAAUAAUCCUCGGUAGAAACAAUGACGUAUUACUGGUAUGUGAUUAAAUGACAGUUUAUAAUACGCGUCACCCUGUAUAAUUGAAUGCGACGCCAACAGGUUAUGCGCAUCACAGUUAAAUUACCUGCAGAUUAAUUUCUUUCUCGGUCGGUAAACUUUGAUACAAUUACAUUCGCGGAGUACUCAAAUGGAAAUUGCCUGAUCAAUACGCGAGGGUUGAAAUAAUUUUAUCGUAAAAGGAUAUACAGCUCGAGCAGUGUAUUUACAAACGGAAAUGCGUGAAAUUUCAUUGGGUGCCUCGCUGCAGCCGCAUACCCGUUAAAAGCGGGAAGCGUGGAAAGUGAUUGAGAUUGUGCGAGCGAGAUAUGAAUAUCAUCGUGCCAUCCUAUGUGAAGCACCUGAUGUACGAUCUGCCGCGGCAAGCUUUCCACGUGCUCAUAUUCCGUUUUGCCGUGUACGUACUCGGUCGCGCGCAAAGAUCCGUUGGAAAAGGAAAUUAUCUUCGGCCAGGAAUACAGCUGGCAGUCGUGAUUCUUUCGUUCACUGCUGAUUAUUUCUUGAAAUAUUCGUGUAAAUUUCAUCUCGUAUCGUUCGAAGCACUUAAGAAAUAUAAGCAAUUGUUCCUAAGGAGACUAAAAGAAUUUAAGAAAUUAGAGAAACUUACGAAAUUAACACGUUGAAUGCUAUGGGGGUCACCAGUGAAUUCAAUUAAACGACGAUUAUUUGGAAACAUUUCUGUAUUAUAUAUAAUUCUACCUAAUGUGAUGACUGA